CUCGACUCUGGAGCAGGACAAGGAAAAGCCUAGGUACCUACAAGAGGCCCCAACCUCGUGAGUCUUUUCCAACGGAAUCUAUUCAAAGGGAUGACGUACUAAAAGUCCAAGCUUUUGGUUUCCAUCAUCAUCGUCAGAAUGGUAUCAGCAAACCUUACUGAGAUCGACGCCCAUGAGCAGCCAUCUGAUGAGAUGCGCGCUGAGUGGAAGAGCUACAUGCGUCAAGAUCACAAAAGUCUGCUUAACGAUCCUCGAAUCGAUGACCCUCGUGCUCCCUUAGAAGAGUCUGGUUUUCGUCAAGUUUCGAGUCUUUCGAAAGAGCAGGUUGCAAAAAGUUUUGCUCACCUCAACCCUGACUUUGCCUUACAGGUCGAGAAGGAUGUUCCAGUUAUACACCACCCAUUGAUACCAGGCCUGUUGAUUCUUCCUUCACUUGUGCCCGAGAAUGUGCAACAGGAUCUACUGGAUCGUCUGAUCCAUCGUGAUCUCAGUGUCCAGAACCAUCAGACCAAUCUACAUCUACACUACAACCUUCCAUACCCAGAAGGGAAGGACGACGAUGAACGGUCAUUCUUCUCUAUCAGUCCAGAAACACCGGCAUCAUUUCUCCCAAAGGACCCCAGCGUUCAUAAGCCACUGUCAAUCAAGCAGGUUAUGCAGCGAAAACUGCACUGGGUAACGCUUGGAGGCCAGUAUGACUGGACCAAUCGUGUUUACCCCGAGGAAUUACCUCCUCAGUUUCCAGAUGAUAUCUCACACAUGCUUGAGGAGCUGUUUCCCGAAACUGUCGCCCAAGCCGCCAUUCUCAACUUCUACACGCCAGGCGAUACAAUGAUGAUGCACCGAGAUGUCAGCGAGGAGACAGAUAAAGGACUUAUCAGUUUGAGUUUCGGUUGUGAUGGACUCUUUAUGAUUGCACCGAAUGACUUCAAACAGGGGUCUCAAAACGAAACACCAGGCGAGAAACAGUAUCUGCUCUUGAGGCUCAGAUCUGGGGAUGCCAUCUAUAUGACACAAGAGUCGAGAUAUGCCUGGCAUGGAGUGCCUAAAGUGCUGAAGGAUACAUGCCCAAGUUAUCUUGAAGAUUGGCCAGCCCGUGGCGAUGAGAAGUUUGCGGAUUGGCGAGGAUGGAUGAAUAAUAAGAGAAUCAACCUAAAUGUUAGGCAAAUGCGAGAUUAGCAGACGAAGAUCCAUCUAUUCGAUGAUGUUGUUUAAAGCAUACUGCUUCACAUGGCAAGUUCUACUGCAUUGCUUGAAACUGAGCAUUAUCAUUAGACGCUUUCAUAUGCUAUGUUGAAAGUCACUCAUACUUUCUCUCCGCUUGCCUACUAAGCGUGCAGAACCAGGUCGCUACCAAUGCAAAGCUUCACAGAACUGAUUCCAUACGCUACUCCAUGAAAAACGCCUCAUUAAGCAAAGCCAAACCCUUGAGCAUUCUCAAGUGCCAUCCCAAGCCGCUCUCUUAACACCUCUUUAUCCCUAUACUCUGGUAGAAGAAGUGUGCCAUAACAGGUAUAUGCUGUUGGCAAGUGUCCACCCGCGCCAUCUUCUUCACCAUUCUUUUGUAUUACAAAUUGCAGAUUCUUCAUGCCGCCAACAGGAACGCGGUCGGACGAUGUCACAAAUUCCAGGAGGCGUUGUUUCAUUCUCUCGUCGUACCUCUUGACGAUGGACCAAAAGUCUUUAAUGGUACGAUGGGAAGCAUCCCAGCCCACAUAGCGCGCGUACCGCUUCAAUUCGACGAUGUCAAUUUCUUGGACACCCUCAACGAGCGAUUGCAAGGUGGAUGGACUUAGGAGCGAGAGUGACUUUCUAUCGAGG